AUGUAUCCUCUUUGUAGGGAAGAUGAGUGCGAAUUUUACUGGUGCGAACCCCUUACUAUGAAGGAGUUGUUUGACCAUGGCCUUCCAAGUAGCCUGAUUAAACUGUGCCACUUUCGGAAUCAUCACGAGCUCACGCGCAAAAAUCUGAUGGUGAAAAACCUCAAGCGAUUCAAAAGGAAAUACGAAAAAGCUUUUGGCAAAUUAGAGGCACAAAAAAUAGAAUUCAUCCCCACUACUUUUGAACUUCCGGUGGAGUAUCACAUGUUUAUAGAGGAAUUUCGUAAAUCUCCUGGAUCAAUAUGGAUUAUGAAACCAAUUGCCAAGUCUCAAGGGAAAGGAAUAUUUUUAUUUCGAAAGCUAAAGGACAUAGAGGCAUGGAAGCGAGUUGGCAUGUUUGAGCAAGCCUGUGGAGAUGUACUCACUCGAGAGUUUCCGGAGACAUACGUAGUUUCCAGAGUGUAUGUUCUAGUUACUUCGUUCAACCCGAUGAAGGUGUGGGUCUACCGCGAUGGUUUCGCCCGUUUGUCAAAUACUCGCUUCUCCCUGGAAAGCAUUGAUGAUCAGUGUAUCCUUUUGUUCUUGCACCUACAAUGAGUUUACCUAUUUGUAUGAAAUUAUAGAUGAGCUCGCUGCAAGUAGCGUCUUCGUUGCAUUAAAAUUCGUAAGGCAUUGGGUAAACCACACAAAAGUUAAGCUAAGGCAAAUGUUUAUUGAACGGGAGAAGAGCUAGCUAAUGCUACAAAUAAGUCAUUAGGAGAGAGCAAGCUAGGGAGGAUGUAGUUGAGUGCUGAGUACGUGGACGGAGC